AUGCAGCUUAUCUCACAGAAUGUAAAUACUUUGUUGUUUCCUGUUUGAGCAGAGCUGCUGUCGAUGUUUAAUCCAGAAGUGAUAAUUCAGCAUGAGGAUCAGACACCAGUGCAGCGCAGGAGCCUGAUACAGGAAGCUGAGGCACUGUCUCUUUCUCAUCAGAAAAACAAGUGGAAGAUCGUGCUGCUGUUUGUCCCAGCAGAUCUAAUGUGUGCCUGUUCACCACAUACUGCUGCAGAUGUUAAAGCUGCAGUGCAGGAAGUGGAUGCAGCUCUGCAGAUUUUGCAGAAUCAGUUGCAUCACACUUUAGUUCACGUGUUGGUCUGGAGUGGAGAUCAUCAGGAAGAAACAUGUAAAUGUUUAAAUGAUAAAGUCAUAAGCCAAGGCCUACACGAAGCAGCUCUGCUGAAAGCACUGCAGGACUCUUUGAGCCAUCUUUUGGAAACGUCUUCGUGGUACCACAAAGAUGUCGACUUCGCUGCUGUGCUGCAGUCUUCUCCACUCAUCUUAGAGUCAGAGUCUGAGAGCUCCUCGUCUGAACUUAACCAGCUGGCUGUUCAGCUAUGGACAAAUCUGCUCCAACCAGCGGCAGGUCAAGCUGAGGUCACAGACAGCGGUGAUGUCACCAUGCCUUGUCCAACUCAGGAGUUUCCUUUUCUGCGAACGCAGAUAAACUCCCCGGGUGAAAGAGCACAGGAGGUUUACAGACAAGCUUCUGCACCAGCAGACCUUGGAAUGGGUACUGAGGUGCCUUGCACAGAUCACAGUCCAUCUCCAAGCACGCCCACAUCAGUUCAUGAGCUCAGACCUGGAGACAUAAAGGUGGUGGCAGCUGUGGGGGAUUCUCUGACGGCAGCCAAUGGCGUGGGCGCUAAGAAUGACAACCUCCUGUUAGUGCUAAAUGAAUACAGAGGGCUGUCAUGGAGCGUUGGAGGUGAUGAAAAUAUCACCACUGUGACAACUCUGCCAAACAUCCUGAAGGAGUUUAACCCUUCACUGACUGGAUUCUCUGAGGGAACAUGUUCCCAGGACGCUCCAGGAGCCUUUCUGAACCAGGCUGUGCCAGGAGCGAGGAGCGGUGAUAUGGUACGACAGGUGCGCACUCUAGUAGACAAAAUGAAGAAUGACUUGCGCAUUGAUUUCCACAACGACUGGAAAGUGAUCACCAUGUUCAUCGGCGGCAAUGACAUUUGUGACUUCUGCACAGACAGUAUCUUCUUUUCACCCGACAAUGUGGUCAGUCGAAUCCGCCAAGCUUUGGACCUACUCCACAGGGAAGUGCCUCGUGCAAUGGUGAAUUUGGUAGAGAUGUUAAAUAUUGCACCACUGCGUGAUUUGCACAUGGAUAAAUCAAUGGGUUGUCCCACCUGGUUUGUAAGGCUAGUUUGCCCCUGCGUGCUGAAGCCCAUUGAAGGAACAUUUGAACUGGAGAGGAUGAAUGACUUCAACAAAGCUUAUCAGUUGGCCAUGAGAGAGCUAAUUGACUCAGGGCGGUAUGACACACACAACAACUUCACUGUGGUGCUGCAGCCUCUCUUCAGAGAGAUUAUCCUUCCCAAGUUAGAGGAUGGCCGCCCUGAUCGCUCUUACUUUUCACCAGACUGUUUUCACCUCAGCCAGAAAGCUCACACACAUAUGGCUCGUUCACUUUGGAACAACAUGCUGGAGCCAGUGGGCAACAAGACCUUCAAAGAAAACUUCACAGCUGUAACAGAGUUGAAAUGUCCAUCCAAGGAAUACCCAUUCUUACGAACCGCUCAUAAUAGCAACUACACUUUUCCAGGCCCUCCGACAACUUCCCCUCCAGUUAAUAACUGGGGUAGUGACUUCUCCUGUGUUCAUAUAGCUCCAUCAAACUCAGUACCAACUUCAGUUCACAGAUUACGUCCAGCAGAUAUCAAGGUGGUGGCUGCUUUAGGAGACUCCAUAACGGCUGGCUUUGGUGCAAAGGCAAAGAAUCUUCUGCAGCUAAAAACAGAAUACAGAGGCGUGUCAUGGAGCAUUGGAGGGGAUCGUGCUCUGGAGACUGUCACCACUCUUCCAAAUAUCCUCAAGAAGUUCAACCCCAACAUCAAAGGGAUGUCCAAGGGGACUGGAAAAUUACAGACUGGUUUCAAUGUGGCUGUAUCUGGGGCCAAGAUAGCAGAAGUCCCGGAGCAGGCUCAACGUCUGAUUGAUGCCAUAAAAAAUGAUAAAACAGUAGACUUUCAGAAUGACUGGAAGCUUGUGACCCUCUUUAUUGGUGGCAAUGACUUGUGUCAGUACUGCAACGACCGGGCCUCCCUUUCACCUCAGAACUACAGCUACCACAUGAGGACAAGCUUGGAUAUGUUUUAUAAGGAGGUCCCGAGAACGAUCAUCAACGUCUUGGAAAUCCUGGAAAUUGAAGGCCUUCGCAGGAUUAAAAGGGACAGUCUCGGGUGCAGUUUGUUACAAAAACAAGUUUGCCCCUGCUUUUUGAUGCCUGGAGAGGAUUCACCAGAACUGGCUGAAAUGAAACGGAUCAAUCGGGAUUUCCAAAUUGAGACUGAAAACCUGGUGUAUGGAGAUCGGUACAACGGCAGAGAGGACUUUGCCGUCGUAAUCCAGCCUUUUUUCAAAAACACCAUCGUUCCAUUAAACACUGAAGGCCGGCCUGACACCACGUACUUCUCUCAGGACUGUUUCCACUUCAGUGAGCGAGGACAUGCUGACAUGGCUGCUGCUUUGUGGAAUAACAUGUUGGAGCCGGUGGGUAAAAAACAGACAUACAACAGUUUCACAAAUGCCAGAAAUAUCCUCAAGUGCCCCAGUGAGGAACAUCCGUACAUCUUUACAAAGGCCAACAGUUUUCCCAUUUCGACCACAACCACAGCGCCCACAGCGCCCACAGCACACACCACCUCAGCCCAGCCUCUCACCACCGACUGUUCGGGCAGCGUCCCAGUGUGGCUCGCUGCGGUGCUGGCUGUUAUCGGGCUUCUGAUUGGCUGGGCUGUCACCUGGCUCCUCUUCUUCUGCAGAGACAAGAGGCGAAAGAGUAUAAUGACGUCUACAGUGGACACGAAGGACACAAUGUUUUAA